AUGAGCUUGGCGGAGGCUCAGGGGCCUUCUGGGCCUGCUCCAGGCCCGCAGCCCAAGCCUGAGGCUGUGAUUCGAAGAGUUGGUGAGUUGGGCUUCGAGCGGAGCGAGUGUAGACCGCAAGCUUCCGCGUAGCGGCACUGUCUUCCGCGAACGCGGCCACGCGGAAGCUUCCGGUCCGGAAAAUCCGAUUUUUUCAGGUCCCGGAGCUCCUGUCGCUCCAGCUCCAGCUCCGAUUUCACCGGCUCCUGUAGUUAUCCCAACUCCAGCUCCAGCUACUGCUGCUCCAAACUUCCAAUGGCCAUUUUUGGCCCCUCAAAGCCCGCCAGGCCCAAAUCCAGGCCCAAAUCCAAGACUGAAACGAAAAUCGGCCAAGAAAUCGAAAGGAGGCCGAAGGGUCGGAAAAUAA